CAAACAGAAAGCCUUCCACGCCAGCGGCGGACUCCCCUCCGCAUCUCUCCCACCAACCGCUCCACCCUCUGGAGUAACGCACACUCCACUCCCCGUCGCCGACCGACACCCUGCGCGCCGGCGCCUCAAACCCCCCUCGUUUCCCCGCGCCGAUCGCGACUCCCCACCCCACCGCGACACCGAUCCUCCGCCCUCCCCCUCCGCGCUGUCUGUCGGCGCCCGCCGCACCCCGCCCAGCUCAACCACCCCAAAUCUCGCGCCUUCCCCCCAAAAUUCCCAACCGAUACGAUACCACGCGCGCGCCCCGCCCUGCCCCCAGAUCCACUCCGCUCCGCCCCAGGCCGAGGAGAUGCUCGUCCAGGACCGCCCGUCCCCGCACGCCGCCGCGGGUGGCGGCCAAGGCCACAAGCCGCCCUCGUCCCCGCGCUGCGCGCCGGGUUCGGACAGGCGGCACCCGCGGCCCUUCGCCAAGAACCUCGACUUCGCCACCUGGGCGUCCGAGCACUCCUCCAAGCUGCUGCUCCUCCUCUUCGCGCUCGCCUCCGCCGCCGCCGUCUUCCUCCUCCGCGGCGCCGCCCCCGACGCCGCGGCGCUGCUCUGCCUCGACCGCUCCUCCCGCUCGGGCUCCGGCGGCCCCGCCAAGCUCCCCUACCCGGACGUCGCCUGGUCGAAGGUCCCGCCGCUCGCGAUCGCGCCGGGGGUCCCGUUCGCGUCCUUCCGCUCCGAUCGCUGGAUCGUGGUCGCCGUCUCGUCCCCGCCCACCGCCGCGCUGGCCGCGCUCGCGCGCGUUAAGGGCUGGCAGCUGCUCGCCGUCGGCGACUCUCACACGCCCGCCGGGUGGGAGCUCAAGGGCGCCGUCUUCCUUUCCCUCGAGUUGCAGGCGCAGCUAGGCUAUCGCUCCGUCGACUUCCUUCCCUACGGGUCUCACGUCCGCAAGACGGCGGGGUACCUGUUCGCUAUCCAGCACGGGGCCAAGGUGAUCUUCGACGCCGACAACCGCGCCGAGGUACCGGGGAACGAUCUGGGGAGGCAUUUUGAUGUGGAUUUGGGAUCUGGCACCACCAAUCACCCCGUGCUGCUCCAGUACAGCCACGCAGAUCCCAACCGGACGGUGGUGAACCCCUACGUGCACUUUGGCCAGCGGUCAGUGUGGCCGCGGGGGCUGCCUCUGGAUAAGGUUGGGAAGGUGGCGCACGAGGUGUUUUACACUGAGGUCUUCAGUGGCCGCCAGUUCAUUCAGCAGGGGUUGUCGGAUGGGUUGCCAGAUGUAGAUGCUGUGUUCUACUUCACUAGGAAGCCACCGACUGCGGCCUUCGAUCUGAGGUUCGAUGCGGAGGCGCCAAAGGUGGCGCUCCCACAGGGCAUGAUGGCACCAGUGAAUUCAUUCAAUACAUUGUUCCACACACCAGCUUUCUGGGGGCUCAUGAUGCCGGUGUCAGUGAGCUCAAUGGCGGCAGAUGUGAUCCGUGGGUAUUGGGCGCAACGGAUCUUGUGGGAGAUCGGUGGGUACGUGGCUUUCUAUCCACCGACUAUUUACCGGAAGGAUCAUAUUCAGGCAUACCCCUUCGCAGAGGAGAAGGAUCUGCACGUGAACGUUGGUCGGUUGAUCAAGUUCCUGAAUGAGUGGAGGUCAAAAAAGAGGGCAUUGUUUGAGAGGAUUCUUGAUUUGAGCUAUGCCAUGGCUGAGGAAGGGUUCUGGACAGAGCAGGAUGUGAGACUAACAGCUGCCUGGCUGCAGGACCUGCUCGCUGUGGGGUACCGGCAGCCUCGGCUCAUGUCAUUGGAGAUUGACAGGCAGCGGGCAACCAUUGGAGAGGGUGACAUGAAGGAAUUUGUGCCCAAGAAGCUGCCAUCUGUGCACCUUGGUGUCGAUGAGAUUGGCACAGUGAACUAUGAGAUUGGAAAUCUUAUUAAGUGGAGAAAAAACUUUGGAAAUGUUGUGAUGAUCAUGCAUGUUAGUGGGCCUGUGGAUCGCACGGCACUUGAGUGGAGGCUGCUUUAUGGAAGGAUUUUCAAGACAGUUAUCAUUCUUGCCGAGCAAAGCAAUGCAGAGCUUGCUGUUGAACGCUGCACGCUGUCACACGCUUAUAAGUAUCUGCCCAAGGUGUUUGGAAGAUAUAGUGGUGCUGAUGGAUUUCUGUUCCUCCAAGACCACAUGAUUCUUAACUAUUGGAACCUGCUGCAGGCUAACAAGGAAAAACUUUGGAUUACGAAUAAAAUUGCACAUUCUUGGAUUACUGUUCCAUUGGACACCAAAGAGGAAUGGUUUGUAAAGCAAGGUGCAAUGGUCAAGCAGGUCGUUGGCAAUUCCCCAGUUCAUUUCCAGACAAACUAUAAGGAAAGCAUGGGCGAAGACAAGAUUGCAUUCUGUGGCAGUGAACUGUUCUAUGUGCCCCGGCGGUUUGUUGAGGACUUCGGUGACCUUGUGGGUCUUGUUGGUGAUUUGGAUUUGCACCAUAAGAUUGCGGUCCCAAUGUUCUUCUUGGCAAUGGACUUGCCUCAAAAUUUUGACUCUGAUGCUCUGGUUGGAACAGUAUUUAAGACCAACUUGGCAGCUAAUCAAACGUUCUCGACUAUUUAUACAGCUCAAGCACCUGCUGUUUUCCCAGUGAAAGUUAUGAACGAGAUCGACUUUAUAAAGGUGAUUCGGCUGAUGUCCAUAGGAGACCCUCUUUUGAUGGAAUUGGUAUAAAUAUGUAACUGUAGCUGAAAUGGAAGUUUAUCCUUGUGGCAAGGAGGACAGAGUAGACAAGCAUAGUUUUGUGUUUUCUGGGGGUUUCUCCGUUGUUCUUGUAAUUCCAUUUAUUCUGUUCAUUCUGUAGCUGUUCAUUUCUCUGCUGCUGUAUAUUGUUGUAUCAUUAGUGACAAGGUUACUGAGGAUCAGCUCGGUCCAACUGUCCUGCUGAAGGAAAGGACAGCCACGAGUUUACUGAGAAGAAGAGCUUCAACUUGGUUAGCUGCUGUUUUGCAAGAUUUUUGGGGUUGAAUAUAGUAAAGAUCCACACUUGAGCGAUUUGUUGUACCAUUCAAAAUUGACAAAUGAAACUGAUACCAACACUUUCAGGGGAGAAUCUUGUGUUUAUUACAAAAACUCACAAAGCAUGGUAUAAUGAAAGUUGGAUGUUGUUUGCAAGUUGGAAGAGAAGCUUUUGUGAGUUGAUGAGAA